AUGAUGAAGUUCAAGCAACAGGGCCUAGUGGCGGACUUGCUGCCCAAUAUAAAGCUAAUGAAAGCUACUGGGCACUUCUUGUUCAAUUACUACACCGACAGCUCUACGAAGCACAUACAUAAAAUCUACUGUAUCGUGCACCUGAUCCUGGUCCUUAUGCAGUUCGGAUUCUGUGGAAUAAAUCUAAUGCUGGAGAGCGACGACGUGGACGACCUCACAGCUAACACGAUCACUAUGCUGUUCUUUACGCACUGCGUGGUGAAACUUAUUUACUUCGCGGUCAGGAGCAAACUGUUCUACAGAACGCUCGGUGUCUGGAACAAUCCGAACAGCCACCCUUUGUUCGCCGAGAGUAACGCGCGUUACCACCAGAAAGCCAUAAAGAAAAUGAGGAUACUCCUGCUGAUAGUCAUGGUAAUCACGGUAUUGUCCGCCAUUUCUUGGACCACCAUUACCUUCAUCGGUGAUUCCGUGAAAAAAGUCAUCGAUCCUGUUACCAAUGAAUCCACCUACGUCGAGAUACCAAGGUUGAUGGUACGUUCUUGGUACCCAUACGACCCCAGCCACGGGAUGGCACACAUCUUCACGCUGAUACUGCAAUUCUACUGGCUGAUAUUUUGCAUGGCAGACGCGAAUCUUCUCGACGUGUUGUUCUGCUCCUGGCUCGUCUUCGCUUGCGAACAAAUCCAGCAUCUGAAGAACAUCAUGAAGCCUCUGAUGGAGUUCAGCGCCACUCUGGACACCGUUGUGCCAAACAGUGGAGAAUUGUUUAAGGUAAGCUAAGAUCCAGAUCCACUACCCCUAUCCACUCCACCACAAGGCGAAAACAUGUUAGAUAUGGACCUUCGAGGAAUAUACAGCAACAGAACUGACUUUACGACUACCUUCCGGCCAACUGCCGGGAUGACUUUCAAUGGUGGUGUGGGACCAAACGGGCUGACGAAGAAACAGGAAAUGCUGGUUCGAAGCGCCAUCAAAUACUGGGUAGAAAGGCACAAGCACAUUGUCAGACUGGUAACUGCGAUUGGAGACGCUUAUGGUCUUGCCUUACUGCUACACAUGUUGACCACCACCAUCACCUUAACUUUGCUUGCUUAUCAAGCAACAAAGAUACAUGCAGUUGAUACAUACGCAGCAUCAGUAAUUGGGUACUUGGUAUACUCCCUUGGGCAAGUCUUCAUGCUCUGCAUAUUUGGAAAUCGUCUCAUCGAAGAGAGCUCAUCGGUGAUGGAAGCAGCCUAUUCCUGCCAUUGGUAUGACGGAUCAGAGGAGGCCAAAACCUUUGUACAGAUCGUCUGUCAGCAGUGUCAGAAGGCGAUGUCUAUUUCAGGAGCGAAGUUCUUCACCGUCUCUUUGGAUCUUUUCGCUUCGGUGCUGGGAGCUAUGGUCACCUACUUCAUGGUCUUGGUGCAACUGAAGUGA